GUAUGUAUACAAAAGUCAAGAGCUUGGUCGUAUUAUUAGACUUUUGGGCCUUUAUCAUACAAACUCUCAUGGGCUUAUUAUGGCCUUUUUCUACAAAUAAUCCAAAAGAUUAGUAUAUUUGCAGUUAAGGACCUGAGUUAUUUAUUAUAUUCUUACUUAUCCCGUUAGUUCGAAUUAUAAUCAUAAUAAUCCAUUCAUAAUUCAAUCUACUCCACUCAGCGCUUGCUUAUGCAGAGACGGAGACUGAGUGUGAGUGACACGCAAGGAACUUGAUAAAGGUUGUCCUUUUCCUAGUUUCUCUAUGUCUCUGUCACGUAUAAGCAACGCUUAUAUCUCAGUUGUUAGAAGAUUGGAAGCAAAUCGUUAUUGCCCAUCAGGUGUUUGUGAAAAUGUCUGAUCCAAUUUAUAUCACUUGAUAAAAUAUUUUGGGGAAAGAUGGAAGUUUUAAGACAAUUUAUUCAGAGUUUCCGGUUUCUAUCUGGUUUUGGAGUUGAUCACAGAGUUCUAUCUGAUGUUGUCAAAGCCUGCGCUUCAGUUUCUGAGCUCAGGUCAGGGAGAGCUCUGCACGGCUGCGUGGCAAAGCUUGGUCAUUUGGGGUGCAACGAGGUUUCCAAGUCGGUUCUCAACAUGUAUGCGAAAUGCAGGAGAAUGGAUGAUUGCCAGAAGAUGUUCAGGCAAAUGAACAGUGUUGAUCCCGUUGUUUGGAACAUUGUUCUCACUGGACUUUCUCAUUCUUGUGCUCAUGAGACGAUGAGGUUCUUCAAAGGAAUGCUCUUUGAAGAUGAGCCUAGGCCUAGCUCUGUUACCUUUGCGAUUGUUCUUCCUGUGUGUGUUCGCCUUGGGAAGGCUGCAUACAAUGGGAAGGUUUUGCAUUCUUAUAUUAUCAAGAUUGGUUUGGAGAAAGAUACGCUUGUGGGCAACGCUCUCGUUUCCAUGUAUGCUAAAUCCGGUUUUGUUCUCCCUGAUGCCUAUGCUGCGUUUGAUAGUAUAGCUGACAAAGACGUUGUCUCGUGGAAUGCGUUUAUUGCUGGGUUCUCUGAGAACAAUAUGAAGGUUAAUGCGCUUAGAUUGUUUUCUACGAUGCUUAAGGAGCCUGUAGAGCCGAAUUAUGCAACGAUUGCGAAUAUUUUGCCGGUUUGUGCUUCUAUGGAUAAGAGCAUUGCGUAUGGAAGUGGUAGGCAGAUUCAUGGUUAUGUUGUGCAGAGGUCUUGGUUGCAGAGUCACGUUAACGUGUGCAAUUCUCUUGUGAGUUUUUAUUUGAGAGUUAGAAGGAUAGGAGAAGCAGCCUCAUUGUUUACGACGAUGGGUUCCAGAGAUCUGGUGUCAUGGAACGUUGUCAUAGCUGGUUAUGCAUCAAACUGUGAGUGGUCUAAAGCUUUGCAGUUAUUUCGAAAGUUGGUGCAUAAGGGGGACGUUUCUCCUGAUUCGGUAACCAUCGUCAGCAUCCUACCUGUCUGUGCGCAGUUAACUAACUUGACCAUUGGCAAAGAGAUCCAUAGUUAUGUUUUGCGACGUGCUUACCUCUUGGGGGAUACAUCAGUUGGGAAUGCUCUCAUUAGUUUCUAUGCGAGAUUUGGUGACACAUGUGCAGCAUAUUGGGUCUUUUCACUGAUAUCUAAAAAGGACAUUAUAUCUUGGAAUGCUAUACUUGAUGCCUAUGCAGACAGUCCAAGACAUUCUCAGUUUAUGAACCUCUUGCACCACUUAUUUGAUGAAGCAAUCAUUCCUGACUCUGUUACUAUUUUAAGCAUAGUCAAAUUCUGCACAAAUGUACUGGGAGUUGGUAAAGUAAAAGAAGUUCAUGGGUACUCAGUUAAAGCGGGUCUUUUAAACGAUGAAGACGAACCCAUGCUGAGCAACGCGUUGCUUGAUGCAUAUGCCAAAUGUGGUAACGUAGAAUACGCUCAAAGGAUUUUUCAGGGCUUAUCAAAGAAGAGAACCUUGGUUACAUAUAACUCAAUGUUAUCAGGAUACGUUAACAGUGGAAGUCAGGAUGAUGCUCAGCUUCUGUUCAGGGAGAUGUCUACUACUGAUCUCACCACUUGGAGUUUGAUGGUUCGUAUCUACGCUGAAAGUUGCUGUCCUAGUGAAGCCAUUGAUGUUUUCCGUGAGAUACAAGCUCGAGGGAUGAGGCCUAACACUGUGACUAUCAUGAAUCUCCUUCCUGUUUGUGCGCAGAUAGCAUCUCUGCAUCUAGUAAGACAAUGCCAUGGAUAUAUUAUUAGAGGCGGACUUGGUGAUAUCCGCCUGAAGGGGACUCUAUUAGAUGUAUAUGCAAAAUGUGGCAGCUUGAAGAAUUCGUACUCUGUUUUCCAGUUAGAAGCUCAUAAAGAUCUGGUUAUGUUCACUUCUAUGAUUGUUGGGUAUGCUGUACAUGGUAUGGGUAAGGAAGCACUUCUGAUCUACUCUCGUAUGAUGGACUUGGGCAUUAAGCCGGAUCACGUUUUCAUAACUACUCUGUUGACUGCAUGCUGCCAUGCUGGAUUAAUACAGGAUGGAUUGCAAAUAUUUGACUCAAUAAGGACGGUUUAUGGGUUGAAACCUACAAUGGAACAGUAUGCUUCUGUUGUUGAUCUACUUGCUCGAGGGGGUCGACUUGAUGAUGCAUAUUCGUUCGUCACAGAGAUGCCAGUUGAACCUAAUGAAAAUAUUUGGGGAACACUGUUAAGGGCGUGUAUAACGUAUAAUAGGAUGGAUCUGGGGCGGUUAGCUGCGAAUCAUCUUUUGCAAGCUGAAUCUGAAGACAUUGGGAACUACGUUCUGAUCUCGAACAUGUAUGCAGCAGAUGGUAAGUGGGAAGGCGUGAAGGAGUUGAGAAAGCUAAUGAAGAAAAAGGAAAUGAAAAAGCCAGCAGGGUGUAGCUGGCUGGAUGUGGAUGGGAAAAUGAAUGUCUUUAUGUCCGGAGAUUCUUCUCACCCUCGAAGAAACAGUAUGUUCGACGUACUAAAUGCUUUAUUUGUUCAGAUGAAAGAGCCUGUGGCGUUUUAACCGAUGAAGAAAGAAAAAGCAUUGCAGAAAUGUUACAGAGACAAAUCUUGAUUAAGAUAAUGCAAGUGAAGAGUCUUUCUCUUUCAAUGAUACAGUUCUGAAACGCUACAUGUACAUGAGCUUUGGGAUAGUUGGCAGAGAACACGCUUUAUGGUCUGCCACUUGAAUUGGGAGAUGUUAAAGGAAACAAAGUAAGCAACGCUGGCUCUGUAUACCCUGGUUUAGAUCUUGGCGAUGGAUGCAAGUAAAAGCGUCUUUCUUUAAUGGCUCUCUCCUCUUCUUCGUUGUUUGUUGUACAACUAUCUGGAUCUGCUUUAUCUCCUUCUAUCAAGGACAAGUUAGAGACCAAUGAAGAAGAGGUGCUUAGUGGACUUGUUAAAAGGUUGGUAAUACCAGAUUUAGAUGAUGGGGUCUUACCAGUGGGUUUAAAGCUUAGAGGAGGUUUGACAAUUUCAAGCUUUGGCCUCAUGCAUUGCCUUCUCUCAUGGAGCUUAGAAGUGGGUUUCCUUUGAAUGGCGGUUUUUAUCACUGUUGCUUCUGGUAUUGCUGCAGCAUUGCUCUCUGAUGGACCUGUCAAGCGCUGCACGACUUCUCUGAAAGUGUCGGUGUCAGUGUGGACAAAUGUAGUGACGGGCUUGCAAGUUGCAACGUUCUGACUUCCUUGGUUAUUCAUUUAAGGAAUCACAAGAAAUGAUGAUAAAGAAAAGAGCAGAGACUUUUGAU